UCUUCCUCUCUGCGCUCCCAAGAUCCAAAAAAAAAAAAAAAAUCGAAAUUAAAAAAUAAAAAGAAAAAAAAGGAAAAAUGCCAUUAAUGAUAAAAACAUUCCAUUUAUAGAUUACGUGAGAGAAAAAAAACCUAGUAUUUAUAUUGAUUUAUAAACUUUGAUUCUGCUGUCCUUUUUGUUUUCAAAAUUUAGAGGAAUUUUCGACUUUCUCUUUGUUGACAGAUAGACAGAAAUGGCGACGACGACAACGGCGGCGAUGGCUGUUGCUACUUCUGCGGCGCCAUCAACGGGGAGUGUAGCGGUGGGAGGUGGCUAUGUAAAUGUGUCGCUUUACGUGGGGGAUCUGGAGGAGAACGUGGUGGAAGGGCAAUUGUAUGAUCUGUUUAACCAAGUUGGAACGGUGGUUUCCAUUAAGGUUUGUAGGGAUCAGAAUAAGCGAUCUUCUCUCGGUUACGCUUAUGUCAAUUACAGCAAUCACCAAGAAGCUGCUCAUGCCAAGGAGGUUUUGAACUUCACUCCUAUCAAUGGGAAACCUAUCAGGAUUAUGUUUUCUCAACGCGAUCCUAGCAUUCGUAAGACUGGAUAUGCUAAUGUUUUUAUCAAGAACCUGGACCCAGCUAUUGAUAACAAAGCAUUGUACGACACUUUUGCUGCCUUUGGGCCUGUACUUUCUUGCAAGGUGGCUACUGAUAGAAAUGGACAAUCGAAAGGGUUUGGGUAUGUGCAGUUUGAAAAUGAGGAAGCUGCACAGAAUGCAAUCAAAAGGUUAAAUGGUAUGCUGAUAAAUGAUAAACAAGUUUAUGUAGGACAACAUGUUCGACGCCGAGAUCGGGUGCCAGCCAAUGUGUCACCAAAGUUCACUAAUGUCUAUGUCAAAAAUUUGUCUGAAACAACAAGUGAUGAGGACCUUAAGAAAGCUUUUGAAAGUUAUGGUACCAUCACCAGUGCUGUUGUCAUGAUGGACCAGAAUGGUAAGUCCAGAUGUUUCGGUUUUGUGAACUUCCAGAGCCCAGAUUCAGCUGCUGUCGCUGUUGAGAAGUUAAAUGGGACCAAAACUGAUAGCAAGUUGUGGUAUGUGGGAAGGGCACAAAGAAAGGCAGAAAGGGAGGCAGAGUUGAAAGCCAAAUUUGAACAGGAAAGAAUUAGUAGAUAUGAAAAACUACAAGCUGCAAAUUUGUAUCUGAAAAAUCUUGAUGACAGCAUGGAUAGUGAAAAUUUGAAGGAGUUAUUUUCUGAGUUUGGAACUAUUACCUCAUGCAAGAUUAUGCUUGAUCCACAAGGAGUGAGCAAGGGCUCUGGUUUUGUUGCUUUUUCUACUCCUGAAGAAGCUUCAAAAGCAUUGAAUGGAAUGAAUGGAAUGAUGAUUGGUAAGAAGCCUCUAUAUGUUGCUUUCGCGCAACGCAAAGAAGAAAGGAAAGCUCGACUACAGUCGUAUUUUGCUCAACUUCGUACACAUGGUGCAAUGUCACCUUUGGCAUCAGGGAUUCCCGGAUUUCACCCUGCAGCACAUAGGCUUGGUCCUCAGCAGCUAUAUUAUGGUCAAGGUGGUCCGGGUCUGAUAAACCCUCAGCCUGCAGGAUAUAGUUUCCAGCAGCCGCUCUUACCUGGAAUACGUCCUGGUGUCACCCCAAAUUAUAUUAUGCCAUACAACCUUCAAAGACAAGGACAAUCAGGUCAGAGGAUUGGUGUUCGUCGAGGUGGAAACUCCCAACAGAUGCAGCAGCAACAGAUGGUGCACCAUAAUACCAAUCAAGGGUUCAGAUACAUGGGUAAUGCAAGAGAUGUUGUGGACCCAUCUACAGUUCCUCAAAGCAUUGUAGGCCCUAUCAUGCCAUUGCCAUUGCCAUUUGAGGUUUCAAGGAUGCCUGUAAAUCCUAUUGAAGUCCAACGACCUAACACAGUGCCUAUAUCAACACUCAUAUCUGCUUUAGCUUCUGCUUCACCAAAAGAACGUAAUGAGAUGUUGGGAGAACAGCUUUAUCCCCUGGUGCAGCGUUUUGAGCCUGAACAUGCAAACAAGGUGACUGGGAUGUUGCUGGAGAUGGACCAAACAGAGGUUCUCCAUCUCCUUGAGUCUCCAGAUGCUCUGAAGGAGAAGGUGGCUGAGGCAAUGGCAGUCCUUCAGGAUUCUGUGGCAGGGGAUCAGUCUGAUGACAUUAAGGACUUGGGGGUCAUUGGAAAUGACUGAAUGAAGUUCACCUGUUUUUAAUUGGUAAACACAUUCCUUUAUAGGUGCGGUGAUCAGCCAUAUUUUAGACGUUCCAAUAAGUCUGUCUUCAACGGGUUUUCUCUGAAACUACUCUUUUAGGAAUUGAUUUCUUUGGUUGGUAGGCUUUUGAGAUGUUUUAAGAGAUUUCAGACUUUUAGACGUAUUCACUACUCUUUAUUUAGACCAUUAUCUUCAUUUAUUGACUGGUUUUAGUAUUAUUUGCUUUGGGAUUUUUAGUAUUAUUUACUUGUUUUUCUUUUGAGAUGGUUUCUGCUUGUUUAUGCAUAUUCAUGCUGCUCUUUCUGCCUGCUUUAAGUUAUCUUGCUUUUGUUCUAGGUUAUUGGUUGGCUUGACUGCAGCAUGUUUCCAAAAUCCAAACCUUGCUCGAAUAAUGCUUUAAGUUAUAUACUAAUAUGUUAUUUAUAAGGUUUUGUUGGCUUGCAGUAUUGAUUCUAUUUUAAAAUUUUCA